GCGCCCCCACAGGGCAGACGAUGCUUGGCUGCGCGGCGCGGCGCGGCGCGGCGCGGGGCGAAGAGGCGAGGACCCUGCCGGGCGUGCGGGUGCGGGGGUGAUGUGUGGACGCGCGUGACUGUGCCAGCGGCCCGAGCUGGUCGGCCCCGGAGAGGGUGCGCGGGGGAACCCGCGUGUGCCAGCCGCGGGCGUGUGCCAGGCGCGGGCGUGCGCGCGAGGGUGUGUGCACGGCCGAGGCGGAGCGCCCGGGCGGGCGGCGGCGGCGGCGACGGCGGCGGCGUUAGGACUCGGGGGACACCGCCCCCCGCCCCCCGCGUCCCGCCCCCGCCCAGCCUCCCGCCUCAGUUCGCGCCGCGCCUCGGCUUGGAGCGCAGCAGCGCCGGCUCCGGGAGCCCGAGCGGAGCCAGCCGCGCGCACAGCCAGCGGCCGCGCCGGCGAUGCGGGGCCGCCCCGCGCCCGCCCCAGUCCCGGCCCCGGCCCCCGCGGGAAGGGGCUGAGCUGCCCGCCGCCGCCCGGAUGGCGAGCCUCGCCGCGCUCGCCCUCAGCCUGCUUCUGAGGCUGCAGCUGCCGCCGCUGCCCGGCGCCCGGGCUCAGAGCGCCGCAGGUGGCUGUUCCUUUGAUGAGCACUACAGCAACUGUGGUUAUAGUGUGGCUCUAGGGACCAAUGGGUUCACCUGGGAGCAGAUUAACACAUGGGAGAAACCAAUGCUGGACCAGGCAGUGCCCACAGGAUCUUUCAUGAUGGUGAACAGCUCUGGGAGAGCCUCUGGCCAGAAGGCCCACCUUCUCCUGCCGACCCUGAAGGAGAAUGACACCCACUGCAUCGACUUCCAUUACUACUUCUCCAGCCGCGACAGGUCCAGCCCAGGGGCCUUGAACGUCUACGUGAAGGUGAAUGGUGGCCCCCAAGGGAACCCUGUCUGGAAUGUGUCCGGGGUCGUCACUGAGGGCUGGGUGAAGGCAGAGCUCGCCAUCAGCACUUUCUGGCCACAUUUCUAUCAGGUGAUAUUUGAAUCCGUCUCGUUGAAGGGUCAUCCUGGCUACAUCGCCGUGGACGAGGUCCGGGUCCUUGCUCAUCCAUGCAGAAAAGCACCUCAUUUUCUGCGACUCCAAAAUGUGGAGGUGAAUGUGGGGCAGAAUGCCACAUUUCAGUGCAUUGCUGGUGGGAAGUGGUCUCAGCAUGACAAGCUUUGGCUCCAGCAAUGGAAUGGCAGGGACACGGCCCUGAUGGUCACCCGUGUGGUCAACCACAGGCGCUUCUCAGCCACGGUCAGUGUGGCAGACACUGCCCAGCGGAGUGUCAGCAAGUACCGCUGUGUGAUCCGCUCUGACGGUGGGUCUGGUGUAUCCAACUACGCGGAGCUGAUCGUGAAAGAGCCUCCCACACCCAUUGCUCCCCCAGAGCUGCUGGCUGUGGGGGCCACAUACCUGUGGAUCAAGCCAAAUGCCAACUCCAUCAUCGGGGAUGGCCCCAUCAUCCUGAAAGAAGUGGAAUAUCGCACCACCACAGGCACGUGGGCAGAGACCCACAUAGUCGACUCUCCCAACUAUAAGCUGUGGCAUCUGGACCCCGACGUUGAGUAUGAGAUCCGAGUGCUUCUCACACGACCAGGUGAGGGGGGUACAGGACCGCCAGGGCCUCCCCUCACCACCAGGACCAAGUGUGCAGAUCCGGUGCAUGGCCCACAGAAUGUGGAAAUCGUAGACAUCCGAGCCCGGCAGCUGACCCUGCAGUGGGAGCCUUUCGGCUACACGGUGACCCGCUGCCAUAGCUACAACCUCACCGUGCAGUACCAGUAUGUGUUCAACCAGCAGCAGUACGAGGCCGAGGAGGUCAUCCAGACCUCCUCCCACUACACCCUGCGAGGCCUGCGCCCCUUCAUGACCAUCCGGCUGCGACUCCUGCUGUCUAACCCUGAGGGCCGAAUGGAGAGUGAAGAGCUGGUGGUGCAGACUGAGGAAGACGUUCCAGGAGCUGUUCCUCUAGAAUCCAUCCAAGGGGGACCCUUUGAGGAGAAGAUCUACAUCCAGUGGAAACCUCCCAAUGAGACCAAUGGGGUCAUCACGCUCUAUGAGAUCAACUACAAGGCUGUUGGCUCGCUGGACCCAAGUGCUGACCUCUCGAGCCAGAGGGGGAAAGUGUUCAAGCUCCGGAAUGAAACCCACCACCUGUUUGUGGGUCUGUACCCAGGGACCACCUAUUCCUUCACCAUCAAGGCCAGCACAGCAAAGGGCUUUGGGCCCCCUGUCACCACUCGGAUCGCCACCAAAAUUUCAGCUCCAUCCAUGCCUGAGUACGACACAGACACCCCAUUGAAUGAGACAGACACGACCAUCACAGUGAUGCUGAAACCCGCUCAGUCCCGGGGAGCUCCUGUCAGUGUUUAUCAGCUGGUUGUCAAGGAGGAGCGACUUCAGAAGUCACGGAGGGCAGCUGACAUUAUUGAGUGCUUUUCGGUGCCUGUGAGCUAUCGGAAUGCCUCCAGCCUCGAUUCUCUACACUACUUUGCUGCUGAGUUGAAGCCUGCCAACCUGCCUGUCACCCAGCCAUUUACGGUGGGUGACAAUAAGACAUACAAUGGCUACUGGAACCCUCCUCUCUCUCCCCUGAAAAGCUACAGCAUCUACUUCCAGGCACUCAGCAAAGCCAAUGGAGAGACCAAAAUCAACUGUGUUCGUCUGGCUACAAAAGCACCAAUGGGCAGCGCCCAGGUGACCCCGGGGACUCCACUCUGCCUCCUUACCACAGGUGCCUCCACCCAGAAUUCUAACACUGUGGAGCCAGAGAAGCAGGUGGACAACACCGUGAAGAUGGCUGGUGUGAUCGCUGGCCUCCUCAUGUUCAUCAUCAUUCUCCUGGGUGUGAUGCUCACCAUCAAAAGGAGAAGAAAUGCUUAUUCCUACUCCUAUUACUUGAAGCUGGCCAAGAAGCAGAAGGAGACCCAGAGUGGAGCUCAGAGGGAGAUGGGGCCUGUGGCCUCUGCCGACAAACCCACCACCAAGCUCAGCGCCAACCGCAAUGAUGAAGGCUUCUCUUCCAGUUCUCAGGAUGUCAACGGAUUCAAUGGCAGCCGCGGGGAGCUUUCCCAGCCCACCCUCACGAUCCAGACUCAUCCCUACCGCACCUGUGACCCUGUGGAGAUGAGUUAUCCCCGGGACCAGUUCCAGCCCGCCAUCCGGGUGGCUGACUUGCUGCAGCACAUCACACAGAUGAAGAGAGGCCAGGGCUACGGGUUCAAGGAGGAAUACGAGGCCUUACCAGAGGGGCAGACAGCUUCGUGGGACACAGCCAAGGAGGAUGAAAACCGCAAUAAGAAUCGAUAUGGGAACAUCAUUUCCUACGACCAUUCCCGGGUGAGGCUGCUCGUGCUGGAUGGAGACCCGCACUCUGACUACAUCAAUGCCAACUACAUUGACGGAUACCAUCGACCUCGGCACUACAUUGCGACUCAAGGUCCAAUGCAGGAGACCGUAAAGGACUUUUGGAGAAUGAUCUGGCAGGAGAACUCCGCCAGCAUCGUCAUGGUCACAAACCUGGUGGAAGUGGGCAGGCACCCAGCGGAACACACUGUGGGAAAUGCUACUCUAGGCCGUGCGGCGUCCCCCGGAAUGGUGAAAUGUGUGCGAUACUGGCCAGAUGACACGGAGGUCUAUGGAGACAUUAAAGUCACCCUGAUUGAAACAGAGCCCCUGGCAGAAUACGUCAUACGCACCUUCACAGUCCAGAAGAAAGGCUACCAUGAGAUCCGGGAGCUCCGCCUCUUCCACUUCACCAGCUGGCCUGACCAUGGCGUUCCCUGCUACGCCACUGGCCUUCUGGGCUUCGUCCGCCAGGUCAAGUUCCUCAACCCCCCGGAAGCCGGGCCCAUAGUGGUCCACUGCAGUGCUGGGGCUGGGCGGACUGGCUGCUUCAUUGCCAUUGACACCAUGCUUGACAUGGCCGAGAAUGAAGGAGUGGUGGACAUCUUCAACUGCGUGCGUGAGCUCCGGGCCCAGAGGGUCAACCUGGUACAGACAGAGGAGCAAUAUGUGUUUGUGCACGAUGCCAUCCUGGAAGCGUGCCUCUGUGGCAACACUGCCAUCCCUGUGUGUGAGUUCCGUUCUCUCUACUACAAUAUCAGCAGGCUGGACCCCCAGACGAACUCCAGCCAAAUCAAAGAUGAAUUUCAGACCCUCAACAUUGUGACACCCCGUGUGCGGCCCGAGGACUGCAGCAUUGGGCUUCUGCCCCGGAACCAUGAUAAGAAUCGAAGCAUGGACGUGCUGCCUCUGGACCGCUGCCUGCCCUUCCUCAUCUCAGUGGACGGAGAAUCCAGCAAUUACAUCAACGCAGCACUGAUGGAUAGCCACAAGCAGCCUGCCGCCUUCGUGGUCACCCAGCACCCUCUACCCAACACCGUAGCAGACUUCUGGAGGCUGGUGUUCGAUUACAAUUGCUCCUCUGUGGUGAUGCUGAAUGAGAUGGACACUGCCCAGUUCUGUAUGCAGUACUGGCCUGAGAAGACCUCCGGGUGCUAUGGGCCCAUCCAGGUGGAGUUCGUCUCUGCAGACAUCGACGAGGACAUCAUCCACAGAAUAUUCCGCAUCUGUAACAUGGCCCGGCCACAGGAUGGUUAUCGUAUAGUCCAGCACCUCCAGUACAUUGGCUGGCCUGCCUACCGGGACACGCCCCCCUCCAAGCGCUCUCUGCUCAAAGUGGUCCGACGACUGGAGAAGUGGCAGGAGCAGUAUGACGGGAGGGAGGGACGUACUGUGGUCCACUGCCUAAAUGGGGGAGGCCGUAGUGGAACCUUCUGUGCCAUCUGCAGUGUGUGUGAGAUGAUCCAGCAGCAAAACAUCAUUGACGUGUUCCACAUCGUGAAAACACUGCGUAACAACAAAUCCAACAUGGUGGAGACCCUGGAACAGUAUAAAUUUGUAUACGAGGUGGCACUGGAAUAUUUAAGCUCCUUUUAGCUCAAUGGGAUGGGGAACCUGCCAGAGUCCAGAGGCUGCUGCGACCAAGCCCCCUUUUGUGUGAAUAGCAGUAACUGGGCUCAGGGGCUCUGAGGUGGUGGCACCCUGCCUGACUCCAAGGAGAAGACUGGUGGCCCUGUGUUCUACGGGGGGCUCUGCACCUUCUGAGGGGUCUCCUGUUGCUGUGGGAGAUGCUGUUCCAAAAGGCCCAGGCUUCCUUUUCAACCUAACCAGCCACAGCCAAGGGCCCAAGCAGAAGUACACCCACAAGCAAGGCCUUGGAUUUCUGGCUCCCAGACCUCCUGCUUUUGUUCUGAGUUUGUGGAUCUCAUGGCAAGCCAACUGUGCAGGUGCUGGGGAGUGGGAGGCUCUCCUGCCCUCCUUCUCCUUAGGAGUGGAGGAGAUGUGUGUUCUGCUCCUCCAUGUCAUGGAAAAGAUUGAGGCUCUUGGGGGUCACUGCUCUGCUGCCUCCUGCAACCUCCUUCAGGGGUCUCUGGCACCAGACAUUUGCAGUCUGGACCAGUGUGACCUUACGAUGUUCCCUAGGCCACAAGAGAGGCCCCCCAUCCUCACACCUAACCUGCAUGGGGCUUGGCCCACAACCAUUCUGUACCCCUUCCCCAGCCUGGGCCUUGACCGUCCAGCAAUCACUGGCCGGCCAGCUGUGUCCACAGCAGUCUUUGAUAAAGGUGUUCUUUGCUUUUUUGUGUGGUCAGUGGGAGGGGGUGGAACUGCAGGGAACUUCUCUGCUCCUCCUUGUCUUUGUAAAAAGGGACCACCUCCCUGGGGCAGGGCUUGGGCUGACCUGUAGGAUGUAACCCCUGUGUUUCUUUGGUGGUAGCUUUCUUUGGAAGAGACAAACAAGAUAAGAUUUGAUUAUUUUCCAAAGUGUAUGUGAAAAGAAACUUUCUUUUGGAGGGUGUAAAAUCUUAGUCUCUUAUGUCAAAAAGAAGGGGGCGGGGGAAUUUGAGUGUGUACCUCUAAGACAAAUCUCUCGGGCCUUUUUUUUUUUCCUGGCAAUGUCCUUAAAAGCUCCCACCCUGGGACAGCAUGCCAUUGAGCAAGGAGAGAUGGGCGAGCCUGAAGAUGGUCCCCUUGGUUUCUGGGGCAAAUAGGGCACCAGCUUUGUGCAUAAUUUGGAUCUCCAAAUUUGAACUCCUUCCUAAAGAAACCGAGCAGCCACCUUGAAAAAGGCCAUUGUGGAGCCCAUUAUACUUUGAUUUAAAAUAGGCCAAGAGAAUCAGGCCUGGAAAUCUAGGGUCUUGUCCAAAGUGUGAGUGAGUCAGUGAGAGGGAACAAACAUUUGCUAAGUCUCUACUCUAUGCCGGGGAUCACGCUUGGCACUUUCCACAGGACAUUUCACACAGUCCUUAGAACCCCCAGGAGAGAGCUACUGACUUGUUAUCAUCUACAUUUGAUCAUCUCCUCCAAUGAGGAAACCCAGGCACCUCCCUCAAUAAUGAAAUCCUGGGUUCCAAAGGGGCAGGUAAUGGCAAUGAGACUUCUCUGUGCUGUUUUCUUCAUCUUCUCUAAGCCAAGCAAUUAUUUUAUGGAGGGAAAAUAAGGCCAGAAACUUCUGAGCAGAUAACUCCACAAAUGGAAAUUUAGUACUUUCUUCCUGACGCCAGUUCUUCUGGGAAGCCCAGAAUUUCAGAUAUAUUUUAGUAACACAUUCCCAGCUCCCCAGGAAAGCCAGUCUCAUCUAAUUUCUUAGUCAGUAAAAACAAUUCCCUGUCCCCUCGGGCUAUGAAGGGACCAGCCAGGGACACUCUCGACCUUGAUCUCUAGCCAGUGCUUAGGCCCAAUAUCUGACAGCCUCAGGUGGGCUGAGACCUAGGAAGCUCCAUCUUGAAGGCUGGUCUAGCCCCAGACAGGGCAUGAGGGGCAGAGAAUUCAAGAAGGCACAGCUUUGGCCCUCAAGAGCCUACUGCAUGCUGGGGAAAUGGAACCAUAGUGCAGUAGUGUGGAGUGGGUGAGUGUUCCCUGAGCCUAGGAGCAAGAAAGUCUCUUCGGCCUAGGGCUUCCUGGAGAAGGGGACAUCCAUUCCUGCUGGGUUUUAACAAGCAGAAAAAGGAAAAAAAAUGAAACUCAGGCAAAGGGAUCCACAUGUGCAAUGGCAAAGAAAUGUGAAAAGGCAUUGGGAGAAGCAGUCCGCGGGAGGCCAGCCCAGUGCGGGCACAGCACAACACGGGGAGCAGCAGAGAUGAGCCAGGGUCCAGGAGACAGAUGCCCAUCACGAGUGCAGACUUUGUCCUAUUGGCAACAAGGAGUCCACGGAGCUUUAGAGAGAUGCACUCAGCUUCGUGUUGGCAAAGACUCCCUCUGGGCCAACGGGGCUGCCUCUUUUCCUUUCAUCAGACACUGUGAAAACAUUCCCUUAAGCGUGUACUUUUUAAUAUCACAUCUAUUUGUCCGUCUGCUCAUUGUUUUGUUGCUGGAACUAAAUAUGCAGUGGAUCGUGAGACUCAGAUUCUAUGAGAAACCCAGGGUCUCUGCUUUACCACGGAGCAGGGUCACCAACCCAGAUCUCCAGGCCCAUGAGGAUGGAACAUGAAAGGAGCCCACAAAAGUUGCUUCCAUUGGCAUGGGCUCUGGAGCUGUCCAGAAGUCCAGGGACACCAGACUUGAUCAAGGAAGGGCUGUCACUUUAGAGGUUCAAAAGGAAGUGCCUCAAAGCAAAGGCAAGCAAAGGAACCCCACGAUGAACUUGCUCUUUUCCUUUGAUGAGCCUCUCCCCAAGUGUAUUUCAGCAGACUCCGAGGACCCACCCCCACUGGGCCUGCUGGCCUCCCUCGGCUCCAGCCCAAUGCCCCAGCUGGCCUUCCCCAGCCUGCAAGGAGCCUGUAGCAUGGCAAAUCCGCCUGCUGUAUGCUAUUUUCUUAGAUCUUGGUACAUCCAGACAGGAUGAGGGUGGAGGGAGAGCUAUUUAACACAAAUCCUAAGAUUUUUUUCUGCUCAGGAAGGGGUGAAAUAGCUGGCAGAUACAAAUGACAGUGGCUUUUAUCAUUUUAAAUGGUAGGAAUUUAAAGUGUGACUUCAGAGAGAAACAAACUUUAAAAAAAAAAAAAAACUCAAGCCAUGGUGGGGUAACCCAGCAACGGCCAGUGAUGAUUUCCCCCAGCUCAUACCCUUGUUUUCCCACAACCCAACCAUUCUCCAAAGAAAGCAGGGCAGUGAAUAGGUCAUAGGCCAGUGCACACGGGAAGAAAUUGAGGCUUAUGGAUGGGGAUGACUUCCCUAAGAUCCCAUGGGACAAGGAUGUGGCAAGGCUUGGAUGAGAUGGGGCACCGGUGCCCAGGAAUUUGAACAUUUUCCUUUACCCAGGAAAUCUCCCGAGCCAACACCACCACCCCCAGGGGGUCUCCCCACCCCACCCCAUUUAUAGGGUGAGCUCAGCCUGUCAUGAGCACAGGACAAUAUUAUUAAUGCUGAGUCUCCACAACAGGAGCUCUUCUUACCUCAUAGGUGUGGACUCUGUUUGGGGAAGAUGCAAGGAAGUAAUGAGAAGCCCAGGAACUUUCUCCACCUGUGUGUGUUUAUGGCCUAAAUGGCUUCAGGAUGUAUCUUAGCUGCACUCCAACAUUGCAUCCUUUCUGGGGUGAAGAAUCUGGGCCAACCAGGGGCCCUUGGGCCUCUAGAAGGCCACAGUAGGCCUCUCUUUGUGGGAAUGGAAGGGGACAGCUUGCUUUUAGUGCUGGCCCUCUCUGUGGGUGUGGCCUGCAAAGGAACCAACAGAUCCUGUGCUGGGGACUCUAACAUGUGAGCUCAUUAAAUUCUUCCAACAUUCUAAAGAAGGGUUUGUGAUUGUCACCAUUUUACUGAUGAGGAAACUAAGGCUCCUAGGGGAGAAAUCACUUGCCCACAGUUCCAGUGAUUUAAACCGGUUUAAUGAACCAGGAUUUAAACCGGUUUAUUCUCACUACAGAGACAAUAUUUUUCCACCAUUGUAUCUCACAUUUUUCCCAGGAGGUUACCCAUAACAGAAGAGACUAGAGUGGAACAGAUACCUCAGUGGAUAAAGCUCAAAGCAAACAACAGUAAGCUUAAAAUUCCUUCAUAGUCUCAUGUUUUACUUUCACAAUUCAUGCAAAAUUUGCAUUCCACUUUCUGAUUUAGCCUGGUUGGUUUUAAUAUGACUCUAUGAAUAUUUAAAAAAAAAUGUGCUCUGUUCCUCAUGUUGUUCUGUUCUGUUCUGUUCUGUUCACCCCACUAUGAUGGACCCUAGGUCAGCUGGUCUUGAGCUUGACCCUAGAAUUGACUCUAGGAGCAGUGACCCUGCUGCUUCCCAGAGCCAAUUAUAGGCUCAAGCUCAAGACCAACUGACCUCCUAGGCAGCUCCUUUGGUGUGUGGGUGCUCUGACCUCACUGUUCAUGAAUGGACCUCAACUAAGGCAUCUUCCAGUUGGGUGCUGGAAGGAACCCAUUGACCCACACUAGAAUGAUGAGGAUUUGCUCAUCUGGUGUGGAGAAGGAUGAGCCCACAAAACCCUAAAGGGAAAGGAGAAGCUGGACACAUCUGUACUCAGCAGAUUCCUGAAUGCUAGGCUGGAAAGUGGUGCCUGUUGUCCGAGUGGAGUCACAUGGUUGCUAAUGUGGGCAAAUCUGAGGACACAUUUCAUAAGCAGCAGGGGUCUGGAAGGUUCCUCACUUUACCCUAGCCACACAUACUUACUGGGUGCCUACAGCACAUAGCACCUUGGAGGGGGCAUUAUUAGGAAACCGAGAUUACUAUGGCACAAUUAAUUCCUGUGUAAGGCAUGGGGUUGUGGUGGACAGAGCUCAGUCUUUAGUUUGAAUCCCAACACUGCCAUUUCUUGACCACAGAGUGUUGGGCCAACCAAUUAAUGGAAAAACAUACAUGAAAAGAGGACCCUCAUCAACAUUAGAAGGGGUAGAUUUGGAGCACUUUAGGCAGGAAAACAGGAAGGCAAGGCCAGGAAGCUGGAACCCAGUGAAUACUCAGAACUGAGGAUGCAGAUGACUUAUUAAGCAAAGUGGUCACUUCUAUGACAUAGCUGGACAAAGGAUGGGUAACAGCUUGCCAGAGCCACUUGGAACAAGGGCAAAUCUCAGUGUCUGGGGCAAAAGACGAUGCAUUUCCCUCCGACCCGUCAUGUUUAUUCAUCCUCCACUUCCUAUUUCCACACUAGCUCUUGCUGUAUGUCCUCACCAGGAUCUACAUUUCCUCGUCGCUGGUGGGAACCCAUUAGAGUACAUAGAGAUGUCAGUCCAGUGAGACUGUUCUACACAACAAAAGUGAGGCCCAGGGAGUAGCAGCCAGGCCCUUAUCCUGUUAUCUCUGCAGGACUGACUGCCCAACCCAGAUCCAGAGACACUGAAGGAAAUGAUAAUUCCCUGGUACCUCACUGCCUCAGGACAGAAUGAAGAAAGCCACCCUUCCUUAGGCUGCAGCUGGCCACUCCUGGGCUGGGUAAACAGGUCAUCAGCACCAAGCUCAAUCAGGAGUAACACUGUGGAAGACAUGGGUGAGCCCAAGAGGAAGCAUGAACAGGCUGCUGGUCCUAAGUCAUGUCAACAGGUUGUGCUGGGCCAGGAUCCCCAGGGAAAAAAAUGGUCAACCCAACUGGAGGGUAGGUUAGAAGAAAAAAAAAAAACAUAAACAUGGAUGGUCAUGUCAUCUCAAAUCCCUGACUUGCCUUCUCCAUUACUUAACAGUCUGAGCUCCUUCUCAGCCUAUGAGCAGCUUCAAAUCACAGCCAAGUAAAACAAGGAAAUAGGAAAAGUAAAUCUAAUUAGAAGAGACAAGUUGAGAUUCAGAUUUGUUCACUCCUCCCAUGCAAGGGCUCCCUGUUGGAGGUUUUCCAUGUAUACAUGUCUAGAAGUGACAGAAUUCAAGGCCUUGGCUUUGUCUUGCAGGGAUCUGCCUUUGAGGUCAUAGACUGAACAGCAGGGAGAGAGGUUAGUGGUGGAGCAUGGGCAGAGCUGCUCUAGCUCUAGUUUCUUCUGACACAUUUUUCAGGAUCAUGGAUCUGAUCCUCAGAAGCACAGCAGAGAUAUCUAAGCCAUAUUUGUGCACAUCAGCAGACUCUUCUAGUUUUUUAGUAACCGGGGAUGGGCUUUUGCAUGGCACUGACUAUAGAGAUGUCUCGUAGAGAUCAAGCCAGUCUUUUGCAUCCCACCUGCCCACCUCCAGAAGAGGUGGGAAAAGGUCAUCAAAGGGCAUUCACCAACUGAAAUCCACUCAUGAAUGUUAGGUCUCUAAAAGGAGGCAUCAACACUCACAAUGGUAGCCUCCAAACCUAGCACCCCACCUAUCUAAGAGCUCAGUGGUGGUCCACUGGGGCAGAUACAAGGGAAGUGCAAGGACUCAGGAUGAAAGAAAAUCUAUUGGGAAGAGUUUUAGGGGCUGGAUUGUUAUGGGGCUUCCUUCUGUAUCUGAGAACUGCUCUGGGUGGUGAGAUGUGGACUCUGAUCCUUGAUUGGAAUGUUCAGAGAAUGACUGUCUGGUGGCCUUGAAGUGUUGGACAGAAAAGUAUCAGUAUAAAAGCCUGGAGCUCAGGGUAAUUAAUGUAGUUCAUGGUUCCUUAGUGAGCAGGACUCUUGGAUGUGGAGGAGAAAGGGUCAUAGGAAGUAACCCACCAAAAUUACAAAAUUGAGUCUCUGUACAAUUACUUCAGUGCCUUUGGGCUUAUGAAUACAAAUCAGUGGGCCUUCUCUAUGAUGGUCCAACAAAAUCUCAGUGCCCACCCUGUCCCUGUAUCUCCCAUGGAAGAUGAAUAAUGUCAGGUGUUCUUUGGGUCAAAGCCCCCAGGGCAGUCUGGAGGCUUAGAGGGCAGAGUGGUGUCAUUCCAUGUAAAAUCAGGCUUCUGAGGGGUCAGGAAGAAUAUGGUGUCCAUGUCUUCCAUAGGUCUGUAGAUUCUUGGAUGAAGUCGAGCACAGUUUGCUAGACCCAGGUCAUUCUUCUGAGUAUAACUAGGACCCAUGAGUGAAACUUAAUAGCUGUAAGGAAGAACCUGCUGUCUGCCAGAGAGAAUAAGCUGCCCAUCUCAGCAGCUGUCUAAAAGAAGCCAGGUGUCUCUUUAAAGGGAAGAGAAGCAUUGGUGAAAUGGAUUUCAGGUCACUUCCAUUCCAGAUGGGCAAGAUCUUGUGGAGCUGGGAUCAUGUUUGAACUCAUUCAUACUUGUACAGCACAAAUCCAAGUAGAGUGUGUUUGGUCUGUACAGGUUGAAGCCCCCUGCUCUCCCGCCCAAGUCUCCCUACCGACCAGGCCAACAUGCUGUUGUGGCUGCAUAUACUGGGCUGAUCCAGGCUGGUUAUCACCAAACAGCAAACCACAGGGAACAGCUGCUUUGCCAUAGACCCAAUACCUACGUAGACCUCUGAUGAGAACAUCCAUAACUCAGACCCACUGACCAACAGGGCCAUGAGUGACAGCCAGAACCAGUGAAGGUCCAAGCAGGACACAGAGCAGGGCUUUGCUUACCAUACAUAUUAUCUCCAGUGGUUAUUUCUACCCCACUCCCUAUUCAAGGCCUGUUGGAGCAGAUUGCAAAAGCAAAAGCACAGUAACUCAAUUUACACAUGAUUAUAAUCAUUUCCAGUGCACACAUUUCAUCACCAGGUGGAUCCUGAGCUAACCCAUGUAAAUCCAGGUUAACCCAUAUUGGUAAUCAUACUCGAAAGCACUUUUCACCCUACAUUCUACUAGCCAAUCAAAGACAAAGAGUUGUGGCCUCUACCAUUGCCUUGGCUUCUGGACACCCUCACAGGCUAUCCCAAGGUUCCUGCUCAACUCCAGGGAGGCUGACAUCCUCACAUCCACUGGGCAUAUGAUAUUGCAUGAGACCAAAGUCUCCACACUGCAGCCUCCUCCAUGAAUCCCAAUGGCCUGCACUUGUACAGUUUGGGUGUUUGAUAGAUAAAGCACGUAUGAGAAGAGAAAACAAAAUAAAUCAACUUUUUAAAAAAGCCAGCACUGUGCUGUCAAUGUUUUUUUUUUCUUUUCAAUUCUAGCUUAAAAAAGCAGAAGGUAAAUAAUGUCAGGUCAAUGAAUAUCAGAUAUAUUUUUUGACUGUACAUUACAGUGAAGUGUAAUCUUUUUACACCUGCAAGUCCAUCUUAUUUAUUCUUGUAAAUGUUCCCUGACAAUGUUUGUAAUAUGGCUGUGUUAAAAAAUCUAUACAAUAAAGCUGUGACCCUGA